AGUAUUCAGAGUCCCAAUAAAAGGGAAUACAAAGUACAGUAUGAAAAAAUACAUAUCGGCAGCAUCUUAGUUGAUCUGUCACUGAGAACGCUCUCAACGGUGUAGCUUGUUUAAACUAGAAAGUAAUCAUGGCGGAAAUGCUAAGGGCUGCUUCGAAUCCCACCUCAGAUAUUGGCAUGACCUCGCUCGCUAGAGCCUUGUCGUUUUCAGAUUCCAGCCAGCGUGACCAGAAGGAUGUAUUUCAUUCUGAGACUAAUUCACCUCGAGGCAGUGUGCCACAACUCGGCCGGAAAAUAAAGUUAAUGGAUGGCGCGAACUGCUGUGAAGAACUGUGGGUUUUUGUCAUCUACACCGGAGGAACCAUUGGAAUGAUUAUGAAGAAUGGCGUUCUAGUUCCGGAACCUAAUGCUUUGGUGAAGAACCUCAAGAAGCUCAUCAUGUUUCAUGAUGAAGACUACGCCCAGAAGACUAAACUGUACGAUCGCACAGAAUUUCCAGAGAGCACGUUGGUCCUGCCAAUGUUUGAAAACAACACAAGGAUUGUCUACUGCAUCUUAGAGUACAAUCCCUUGCUGGACUCGUCUAACAUGACCCCGAAAGACUGGGUCAAGAUCGGAAAGGACAUCGAGAAAUACUACGAGAAGUACCACGGCUUCGUGGUCCUCCACGGGACCGACACCAUGGCGUACACGUCGUCAGCUCUGUCCUUCAUGUGCGAGCACCAGGGCAAGCCUGUGAUCCUCACCGGCUCCCAGGUGCCGAUCUACCAGAACAGGAACGACGGCAGAGGGAACCUCAUGGGGGCGCUGAUAAUCGCUGGUCAGUUUUUUAUUCCUGAGGUGUGUCUUUACUUCAAUAACAAGCUCUACCGAGGGAACCGCAGCACCAAGGUGGACGCCGGAAGAUUCAGUGCCUUCUGCUCUCCCAACCUGGGUCCUCUGGCUGACGCGGAAGUGGACAUCAAAGUAAACUGGGACACGGUGUUCUGGCCCACCACAAUUGAGUGCUUCCGGGUCAGCACAAAGCUCAACUGCAAUGUGGGUCUCCUCAGGCUGUUCCCCAGCCUCACCACCCAGACUGUGAUCGCCUUCCUCCAGCCGCCCCUAGAAGGCGCUGUCCUGGAGACCUACGGCAGCGGAAACGCCCCCAGUGACCGCCCAGACCUGCUGGCGGAGCUGAAGAAGGCCACCGAUCGCGGCGUCAUCAUCAUGAACUGCACCCAGUGUCUGAGGGGCACCGUAAACCCAACCUACGCCACCGGCAAGGUCCUGAUUGACGCAGGGGUGAUCCCGGGUCGUGACAUGACCCCCGAGGCGGCCCUCUGCAAGCUGUCCUACGUGCUGGCCCGGACCGAGCUCAGCCUGGAGGACAAGAAGAAGAUGAUGAAGCAGAACCUGCGAGGGGAGAUGAGUGCUGACCUGGCAGGGGCCAAGCUCUCCAUGAGUGACAGUCGCUUCAUCCAGGUCAUCGCCAACACGCUCAGCAUUAGCUGCAAGGAGGAGCUGGAAGCCAUCCGUGACGCCCUCACCCCCCCGUUGGCCUGCGCUGCCUCCAAGAUCGGAGAUAUCGACGCCUUGAAGGCCAUCCGAGAAAUGGGCAGUCACCUGGGUCUGGCGGACUACGAUGGGCGCACCCCGCUGCACGUGGCAGCCUGCGAGGGCCACCUGGAGGUGGUGAAGUACCUCCUCGGCCAGGGUGCCUCCGUCCACGCCAGGGACCGCUUUGGGGACACACCCCUAUCCAACGCCAUGCACUUCAGGUAGGAC